GUAUUUUCCACAUUUUUAUCUCGGACGGACUGACUGCAGCGCAGCGUGAAAACUUUUUCCCGUGGGGCGGCGAUCCCUACCGACAAAAUCCGCUUUUGCUUUGUAAAAAAAACACAAAAUGCAAGCGCAUUUCGUUUAUAUUUAACAAACGUAGCGGUAUAGUAAGCCUUAACACAGAAAAAAAAACCCCGAACGUUACAGUGUCCUUUUAAUUUUAUUGUACAAACUUUGGUCGCUGUAACAUCGGCUUGGACAAAAAGUGGAUAAAUGUUUUCCUACGUUUAGACAUAAAGAGUUCCCGCACAAAUUGCCGCGAGGGGGGUGACGGUAUGACGUCACAGACCAGCAGCCCCAGGUCCUCCAGAGAUUGACCCAGGAUGGAGCUGAAGGUGUGGGUUGAUGGAGUUCAGCGUGUGGUCUGCGGGGUCACAGAGGCCACCACCUGCCAGGAAGUGGUCAUCGCUCUGGCUCAAGCAAUUGGUCGCACGGGACGGUAUACGCUGAUCGAAAAAUGGAGGGACACCGAGCGACACCUAGUUCCUCACGAGAGUCCGGUGGCCUCUCUGAACACUUGGGGGCAGUAUGCCGGUGAUGUGCAAUUUAUCCUACACCGCACAGGUCCGUCUCUCAAUGAGUACCCCUCAACUGAAGGUCUGAAUCCUCGGGGCCCAGAGCGUGGCUUGCAUCGGCAGAGCCUUCCGUUGAUGGCCAAGCUCCGAGCUCCAGGUGACCGUUCCCUCCGUCGACGUGAGCCACGGCGCAAGUCUCUGACCUUCACCGGUGUGCCACGCAGUCUGAGGGACAUUCUUAGUGGAGGAAGGCUUAGUGACAGUAGUACCAAACAACGAGAGGUUUUAGUGAGAAGUGCUCACAAUUCACCGUCAAUGUCCCCUCGGUUAUCGGGCCAUCGCGUGGAGGAUCUUACCCAACUGGUGAGACUACAGAGGGAGACUCUUUCGGUUCUAGACAGCAGGAUAGAGGCGUACGAGGCAGAGCUUCGAAUGCUGACUGAGAAAAGAGUUGGACUAGCGGACGACGAACUGUAUGUGAAGAUGACAGAGGAAGUUUCAAGGUUGGAAAAGCAGGCGCGAAGGAACAAGGUGGAGAUCGAGGAAGAGGAAUUCUGGGCAACCGAGCUCGAGAUCGAGCGGGAGAGCGAGAGGCAGCUGCAGGAGCGCCUCCAGGAGUUGAGCAGUCGGCUGCGCGGCUGUGGCGAUCUAGAACAGCGGCUGAUGUCUCUGCAGGGUGUAGAGGCAGGCAUAGAGGCUCAAAAGCAACAUAAGGAGAUCAGAGAGAGCCAGCAGGCCAGUGAGGGGGAAGUGAAGGCUAGACUUCAGAGAGUGAAAGCAGAACUCAAGGCUCAAGCUCAACACACGGCCCAGCUUGAAAACAGCUCAAGAGCGGUGGAGCGCUCACUGACCGAGUCGUGCAAGAGACUGCAGGAGAGUCAGUAUGAACUGGAGCAGCUUACCAAAGAGUUGAGGCAGGUAAACCUCCAGCAGUUCAUACAACAAACAGGCACCAAAGUCACGGUUCUGCCCGUGGAGCCUGGCGAUGAUGACUCCAGCAACACAACAGAUGAUAAAGACUUUGCUGCAUUAACCGGUUCAUUAAAACGGCCGAGUCUAUCUCAUCCAGUGGUUGGCAGCAUCCGUGGACUCCAUAGUCCGAUCUCCUCAGGUUUAAAUCCUGAGGGCAUCUAUGUUUAAGGACUACUUGGUAGAAGUUUUUUUUCCCAUUUUCUCCAUAUAUGUUUGAGACAGAACACAUUUUAUUUGACGCAACUUCAAGCAAAACCGAGAGUCGAUUUGCUCAGCAUGAAGGAGACCUUCAGUGGUAUCAUAAACGCCUCUUAAAGGGUUAGUUCACCCCAAAAUGAAAAUUCUGUCAUUAAUUACUCACCCUCAUGUGGUUCCAAGACCUUCAUUCAUCGAAACACAAGAUAUUUUUGAUGAAAUCAGAGAGCUAUCUGUCAGCAACACAACUGAAAUGAUCCAGUUCCAGAAACACGAUGUUAGUAAAGACAUCACUAAAACAUGUGGCGCAACCUACCUUUUGCAACUACAAGAAUACUUUUUUGUGCAAAGAAAACAAAAUUAUUUAGUCAAACAUUCUUCUCUCCCGAGUUACAAGAAGAGAAUAGAAGGGAGGAGGGGAGAAGCAUGCUAAAUUGUCAAUUUUGUUUAGCUUCCGAUUUUCAUCAAAAAUAUCUUAAUUUGUUUUUCGAGGAUGAAGGAAGGUCUUGAGUAUUUAAUGACAGAACUUUCCGUUUGGGGGUGAACUAACUCUUUAAGCAGGUUUCAGUUCCCUAUCAUAAUACUUGAUCUUGAUCACAAAGAGCUGCAUAAUAUUUCAAAUACAGUUUGCAAUUAUGCCGAUUUUCGUAUGUACAGUAACAUUGUAGCGUCUAAUCAAUGUUAGAAAGUGAUAUCUGUAACCUUGUCGCAAAAACCCGUAGAUGAAGGAGGAAUUACUUUGGAAGCAUAACUAUAUUUUUGUAUUCUUAUUUUAGACUUUGCAAACAUUUGUAUGAACUUUCACAUUUGUGUUUACUGUUAGUGGAGAUCAAUCUGACCUGUGAUAUUUAGUUUUUUUUUUACAAUUCAUACUAUGGUUGAAUUAUCAAAGUGUUUUAUUGUUGAGCCAAAGACAAUCACAUAUUUUACUUGCAAUAUGUUACUGCAUGACCGCAAAAUAUUGUAUUCCUUGCUUUCAUUUCGCCAAUGUUAUUAUUGUUGAAAUAUGCGUAAAAUGUAACCGAUACCGCUUGAAAAUGUACUUUUACUUUUAAAGGAAUAGUUCACCCAAAAUGAAAAUGUUCAUUAAAACAUUUCGGUGUCAUUAAGGAAUUUACAUUUUGGGUGAUCUGUAUCUUUAAUGUUAUAUAUGAUUUGUUUCAAUAUAUUGAAUCACAGCUGUUUAGCUUAAAGUAGUGCCUUUCUGAAAUUCAACCCAAGCCAUGUUAGGAUCAACUUUAACGAUGGUGCAAGCAUGCCGACUCUGUGAAUUAGAUUAUAUUAAAUAUAUCAUGAUGUUUUAUGCUCAGACUUUGCGUCUCAGUAGAUUUGGGGGUGUUUAACCUUGUUUUUGCAUGUACUAUAAUUUUUAUAAACAAAGAAAAGCUUCUAACGAACCUAAAAAAAAGUCUAUAUACAAUACUGUGAAUUACUAUUAAACCCUAAUCACCCUAAA